AUGCCGCCGUUUUCGGCGGCUGAGGAUGAUCCGUCAGGUCGUGCCGCGUCCCCAUGUCAUGCCUCGAGGUCGGCGACACAGGCAGCAGGUCUCGAAGUAGAUUGCGACUCGUCCGUUCGUGCCACGUCAUCGUUUCAUCGUAACUCCAGCGUACCCGCACAGGCAGGAGUGCGUGCCGCGUUUUCGUGCUUUGGCUUCAAUGGCGAUUGCGAUGGCGCUUCAUGCGCAUCGGCCGAGAAGGAGAACGGGGAGGAGGAGGAGGCGAGGGAAGAGGGGAGGGAAGUCGCGAGGGUGGGCGAGAGCGACGACAAGAAUGAUCUCGAAUCGGCGGAGGGGGAGGAAGGGGCGGAGGAGGCGGAGGAGGCGGAAGGGGCGGAGGGGCCGGAGGGGAAGGAGUCUGACGAUGAGGGGAAUGAGUUCCGCGGAUUGGAAAAUGAGGCGGAGAUGGCGAUGCGGGCGGAAUCGACGGCGGAAGAGGGGUUCGGGGAACAAGGGGUCGUGGAAAAGGGGGUCGCGGAGGGCGCGGAGGGCGCGGAAGGAGCGGAAGGGCCCCAUAGGCGGGAGUCGUGGGUGUCGAGUGUGGAGUGGUUCGUGUCGUGGCCGCUCAGACGACUCAGCCACCCGUGGCGCAAGCGAGUGCUGUGGCUGUGGGUGGUGCUGGCAGCGGCCAUCCUGUCACUGGUGUUUGCGACGGCAUGGCAGCAUGCAGAGGCGAGUGAGAGAGACGACCUGGAGGGGCACUGUGACGAGUGGGCAGCGUUCAUUGAGGCCAAGUUCAACACCACUGCUGCCAACACACGCUCCAUUUCCGACUUCAUCCGCGCAUACUACCUUGAUAACAUGAGGGAGGACUUUCUGGACGUGGAGAAAUUCCAACGCUUCACUCAAGCCACUCUUGAUGGUCGACCCAUGGCAUCAUUCGUGGGCUUCACACUCCUGGUGAACAGCACCUUCAUUCGCGACUUAGUGGAGGAAAACGCCCACCACUGUAUCUUCUCUCCCAAACCCAAUGGCACGCUCGCCUGCCGCCCGCGCGACCUGCCCCUGUAUUCACCGCUGGUGAUCUUCAACUCUCGCAAGGAGUUCAACACACGCGUGAACCUCUCUGCAGUCUGCUGCCUGGACGUCAUGGCUGACCCAGCUUUUAAUGACACAUUCCAUCGGGUCAUCAGCUCAGCAUCCUCCGCCAUCUCCCCUCCUUUCGUCCGCGACAACUACCCCUACCACUUCAUCGGCCAGGCCUUCCCAGUCUACUUCAACCUCACCACCUUCGCCCUGCCCCCCUCGCCCUCCCCUCCUCCGGUCGCCAUUCCCCCGCUCGCCACGCCUGAGGACCUCCCACGGGGGUUUGUCAUCGUGGGGUAUAACUUUGCCAACCUGCGGUCGCUUGUGGGGUUUCAGCAGCUGGUGGAGCUGAAUGCGAGGGUUUAUCUGGUGGAUGGGACGAGGGGCAGGGCGUGGGAUGGUGCACGGAGUGGGGAUGCGAAGGUUGUGAAGUGGUUGCCGGCGCUGCUGUUUGAUCAUGAAGGGGUGGUGGGCGAGGAGGAGAUUGGAACGUGGAUGCUGGAUGGGAAAGGGCAAGAGGAUGGAGGGAGAGUGCGCCGUGCGGUGCACCUGGGUGAUUCGACGAGAAAGUUUUAUCUUUUCUGCGAGCACAUCUCAUACGCCAAGCCGUUCGGUCCGUUCACCUGGAUAGUGGUGGCGGUGCUGUUCCUGACCGUCUCCACCAUCCUCCUCUGGACGAGCAUCCAGCUCAUGCACGCCUUUGAGUGCGACUGCCAGCACCUGGCUGCCGCCCAACAUGAGCUGCGUGCCGCCCGCGUGGAGGCUGAGAAGGCGAGCCGAGCCAAGGGUGACUUCCUCACAACGAUGUCACAUGAGAUCCGCACACCAAUGAACGGCGUCAUAGGCAUGCUGAACCUGCUCCUGGAAACCCCUUUGGACGGGUCGCAGAAGGACUACGCACAGACGGCGCGAAGCAGCGGGCGGGCGUUGUGUGCGCUGAUCAACGACAUUCUCGACCUCUCCAAGAUCGAGGCCGAGAAGUUGCAUCUUGAGUGCAUCCCAUUGGACCUGCGCGCCGAGCUCGACGACAUGCUCGCGCUCUUCGUGGAGAGCGCCCAGGAGAAGCGCUGCGUGGAGCUCGCCGCGUUUGUCGCCGACGACGUGCCCGAGAUGCUCCUUGGGGACCCGCUUCGAGUGAAGCAGAUUCUCAUCAACCUCGUUAGCAAUGCCUUCAAGUUCACCACCAAGGGUCAUGUCUUCAUUGCCGUCCGUGUCGCAACCACCACCGACAACACCAGCGACCCCAACCCCCCGCCGCCACUCUCCCCUUUUUCCUCCACAUCCAUACAACGGAGAGAGGGGGAAAAUCCACCUGAGGCCACCGGGGCCGCUGCUGCUGCUGCUGCUGCUGCUGCAGAUGAGAGGAGUGGUGGUAGUAAUGCCGUUGCGGAGGCUUUUACUGAGCGUCCGGAGGCAUGUUCUGAGCCUGCGGCGUGUGUGACGCUGAGUGGCCGGCCAGCCAUGAAGACAUGGUGCUCGUGGGAGGGCAUGCGGGAGCACAUGGAUCUUGGUGCCGUGGGCAUGGGCAUGGGCAAGGCCAUGGGCAAGGGGAACCAUACCGAGAAUGGCAAUAGGCAUGGACCAUAUGGUGAUGGGGAUGGCGAGGGAUAUGGCGAUGGGCGUGGCAGUGGUGCCAGCCUGGGACCCGACCAGCCUGUGCGACUGAUGGUGGCCAUUGAAGACACUGGUACCGGCAUCCCCCGCCACGCUCGGAGGCACAUCUUCCGGCCGUACGCGCAGGCGGACCGCAGCACGGCACGGCUGCACGGGGGAACGGGCAUUGGGCUCUCCAUCUGCAAGGUGCGGUGCAUUGGGCUCUCCAUCUGCAAGGUGCGGUGCAUUGGGCUCUCCAUCUGCAAGGUGCGGUGCAUUGGGCUCUCCAUCUGCAAGGCACAUGCGUUGCCCCUCACACCCCUCCCUUGCUCCUCCGCAUUCCCCAUCCGAGCAGCGCCUGGUGUCGCUGAUGACGGCAUCCAUCACCAGGCGCCUGCCCGUAUCCUUCCUAAUCCCGCUCUGCCCCUCCCUCCCACUCGCCCAUCCGAGCAGCGCCUGGUGUCGCUGAUGGGCGGAUCCAUCUCGUUUGUCUCGAAGCCAGGCGUCGGCACCACCUUCCUCUUCGAUAUCCUCCUCCACACACCCCCUCUCCCUCUCCAUCCUUCCUCCCCUCCUCCUCCUCCUCCUCCUCAACCCCACACUCCUCCUCAACCCCACACUCCUCCUCAACCCCACACUCCUCCUCAACCCCACACUCCUCCUCCUCAACCCCACACUCGUCCUCUGCAUGCCUCUAUCCCGCCUGUGUUCUCUGUCUCUCUCCCUCCUCCUCUGCCUGGGUUUGCCUCCCCGGCCUCCCUGAAAUUCCCUGCCAUCCCUUCUAACACUCCCUGGGGAUGGGAGGGAGUGUGCGUGGUGAGUGUGGACGACCGGGCGGAGCAGCAGGGGGAGCAGCAGGGGAAGCAGCAGGGGGAGCAGCAGGGGGAGCAGCAGGGGGAGCAGCAGGGGGAGCAGCAGGGGGAGCACCGGGAGGAGCAGCAGGGGGGGAAGCCGGGGGAGCAGCAGGAGAAGGAGCAGCAGAAGGACCAGCAUGAGAAGGAGCAACACAAGGUGGACUUCUCCUCUGAGCCAUCUCUUGCUGCAAAAUACCUCGCUCGCCUCCUCUCACCUGCUCCCACAGCCAUCCACCCCCAUCGUGCUCCUCGCACCGUCUCUCUCACACCCUCAACAGCAGCACCCCACCCACCGCUGUCUCCUCGUACCCCGCCCCCUCCGCGCCGCGCCAAGACCCACACAGCUCUAUCGCCAUGCCUCACUCCCACCGCUCAACGCUCCAUUGGAACCCUCAUUGGGCUUUUUGAGGCCCCUCCUCCUCCCCCUCUAGCCGUCUCUUCCCAUACAAUCUCUGAGGCACCUCAAAGACCCCGCCCAUCGUCUCCUCAUACUCCUCCCCCUCCCCCCCGACCAUCCAGCAACCACUCAUGUCAUUCUAUUGAGGAGUUACCUCCUCCUUUCGAGCCUUCUGCUCCUCCCCUCAACCCAGUUGCCCAUGCUCUCGACCCGUCUGCUCCUCCUCUCGAGCCGUUUGGCUCGCCGGCUGUGCUUGUGACUCCUCCACCUCUCACCCCCCUUUCCCGACAAUACUCCUGCCCACCUCUCUCCAUUGCUCCUCCUCCUCCCUGCCCUCCUCUCUCCAUUGCUCCUCCUCCUUCCUGCCCUCCUUUCUCCAUUGCCCGUCCGCGCCUCUCUCCUCUUUCCAUCGAUGUUCACUCAAGUGGAAGAGGGGAGGAGCAGCAGUGGCAGCAGCUGCAGCAGCAGCGGUGGCAACAGCAGCCGAGGCGAGCGAAAGAGAUGGAAGAGGGGGAAGAUGGGGAAGAAGAAGGAGAGGAGGUGGAGGAAGAGGAGGAAGGAGGGGAGGAGGAUGGAGAGAGGCAGGUACAGCAGCACGAUUCAAAGAAUUCUCAAAACUCGCAGCAGCGGGUGCACUACAGGAGUUUGCGAGACGCGCACAGGCGGGGAUGGGUGGGGGCGGUGGUGGUGGAGGGGGAGAUGAUGCAGCGGCUGGGCGUCACAGCAGAUCAAGUCUAUGCUCUCGUGUCCGGCCAGGCAGGGGAUGGGAUGGCACGGGAAGGCGAGCAGAUGAGCAAGUGUAGCAAGUGCAGCAGUUGCAGCAGCAGCAGCAGCUGGCCUGUUCCUUUCCUUGUGCUUCUUCACGGCUCUUCUCCUCUCCCCCCCGACAGUUUCAGUCCUUACAAGAGGAAGGCUUGUAACUUGGAGAGGCAGGGCAGCUGGAAAAGGCAAGCAGGGGAGAUAGAUGAAAGGGAUGAGGGGGGUGAUAGUGAGUGUAAACCGGCGCUGCUGGCGGCGCUUCUGCCGCUGUUUGGUGCGGACACGGAGCAAAGUCGAUGUGAGCAGGCAGGAGGAGCAGCAGGGGGAGCGGGGGGAGCAGGCGGAGCAGGAGGAGCAGGAGGAGCACGGGCAACAGGAGGAGGAGGAGGCGGCCAAAAUGAGGACGUGGCACAGGGAGGGCUCAGAAGGAGAGAGGCGAAAGGACAGCGGGGUGGUGGUGUGCUGCUGAGCCCAUCGGCCCUCCACAAGGCUGGCAGCAGCGCUGCAGCAGCCCUCUGGCGAGCUGUGACGUCCCCCUGCUCACUCAAGUCCCCCCGGGAACUCAAGUCCCCCCGGGAACUCAAGUCCCGACGAAUCUCUCAGGAGGCGGCCACAUUGGCCCUGAGUGGCACUGACCGUGCAUUGGGGGCGCAGGCAACCCCAGGCAUGUGCGGUCGAGGCAAUGGAGUGGCAGUGAGGGAGAAGGAGGAGGAGGAGGUGGUGGAGGAUGCAGUGUUGGAUGAAAUGAGUGGCAUCGAUGGUAUGGAUGGUAGCACAGUCUCAAUGGAUCUGACAUCUGCUGCCAGUGCUACUGGUGCUGCUUCGAUCAACUUGGCAUCUACUGUUGCUGCUGCUUCGGCCAAUUUAACACCCGCUGCCAGUGCUACAGGUGCUGCUUCGACCGAUUUAACACCUGCUGCCGUUGCGAGUGAAAGUGGUACUUUGGGAAGGAAAGCUCUGGUGAGGGUUCGCAGUGCUGAUGAGAAGAUUUUGUACUCGCCCCAGGGGUUGCAGUUGCAGCACUAUGUGCCUCAGGGGUUGCGAGCUCUGGUGAGGGGUGGCAGUGUGGUGGAAGCAGCUGGGGCAGCAGAACGUCGGGCAGAGAUGCAUGGGCCCAAGGGCCAAAGGGGGGCCGCGAAGCAUGGGUCAGCAGGAGAAACGAGAGCAGGUGGGAAGUUGCGUGGGAGAGAGAGCGAUCAACGGAGAAGCAGCAACGGACGGUGUAGUGCUUCAGGUGCUGCAGCAGCUGGUGGUGGUGGUGGUGGUCGAGUGCGUGGUUUCGGCAGUGUGCUCGACUUCUCAGGGAUCCCUCCUCUGCUGGGGGUGCUGGUGGGUCGGCGGGUGAUGGUGGUGGAUGACAACGUGGUGAACCGCAAGGUGGCCAGCAAGCUGCUGGAGAGGCACGGUGCGCGAGUCACCGCCGUCGAUGGCGGUAUGAAAGCCGUAGACGCCCUCGCCCCGCCCCACCCCUAUGAUCUCGUUCUCAUGGACCUCCAGAUGCCGGGCAUGGAUGGGCUGGAGGCGACUCGCAGGAUCCGGGCGCGGGAGAGGGCUCAGGGCGGGGGGCAUGUGGCCAUCAUUGCGCUCACCGCGGAUGUGAUUGCCGGCACGUGCCAGCACUGCUUUGCCGUCGGCAUGGAUGACUACCUCUCCAAACCCCUCGACGACGGCCCCCUCUCCCACGCCGCGGAGGCGGAGGCGGAGGCGGAGGCGGAGGAGGAGGAGGCGGAGGAGGCGGAGGAGGAGGAGGAGGAGGAGGAGGAGGAGGAGGAGGAGGAGGAGGAGGAGGAGGAGGAGGAGGAGGAGGAGGAGGAGGAGGAGGAGGAGGAGGCGGAGAGAGCUAUGCUCGAGGAAGCGGAAAAGGCAAUGCAGGAACAAUUCAUGGCGGAAGAGGGGGUCGCGGAGGAGGCGGCGAACGGGCGGCAGCGGCAGCAGUCGUGGGUGUCGAGUGUGGAGUGGUUCGUGUCGUGGCCGCUCAGACGACUCAGCCACCCGUGGCGCAAGCGAGUGCUGUGGGUGUGGGUGGUGCUAGCAGCAGCCAUCCUGCUGAUGAUUUUUGCGGUGGCGUGGCGGCAGGUCAAGGCAGGAGAGAGGCCCGAACCUCAGAGCCAUGUGCUUCUCUGCUUCCCCACCAACACUCCCCUGCCUCCCUUCCCCACCCCGGCCAUCCCGUUCCCAGCGAGUGCUGUGGGGGUGGGUGGUGCUAGCAGCGACUAUCCUGCUGAUGGUGUUUGCGGCGGCGUGGCGGCAAGUCAAGGCGGGCGAGAGGGACCUAUUCCAUCCCUCCCAGCUAUUCCAUCCCUCCCAGCUAUUCCAUCCCUCCCAGCUAUUCCAUCGCUCCCAGCUAUUCCGUCGCUCCCAGCUAUUCCAUCCCUCCCAGCUAUUCCAUCGCUCCCAGCUAUUCCAUCCCUCCCAGCUAUUCCAUCGCUUCCAGCUAUUCCAUUGCUCCCAGCUAUUCCAUCCCUCCCAGCUAUUCCAUCCCUCCCAGCUAUUCCAUCCCUCCCAGCUAUUCCAUCCCUCCCAGCUAUUCCAUCCCUCCCAGCUAUUCCAUCGCUCCCAGCUAUUCCAUCGCUCCCAGCUAUUCCAUCCCUCCCAGCUAUUCCAUCCCUCCCAGCUAUUCCAUCGCUCCCAGCUAUUCCAUCGCUCCCAGCUAUUCCAUCGCUCCCAGCUAUUCCAUCCCUCCCAGCUAUUCCAUCCCUCCCAACUAUUCCAUCCCUCCCAGCUAUUCCAUCGCUCCCACCUUCUUCCCGCUCCCCUCCCUCCACCAACUUCCCCAUUCCAGUCGACUCAAAAGUCACCUUGCUGCCCCGUGGACUGCCCCUGUACGCGUCACUUGAGAAUGAUGACGCAUUCCCCUCCACCCUGCCCUCCUUCCCCAUCCACCACCUCCCACCACCACCCCUCGCAGACCCAGCAGUGAGUGACAUGGUCCAUAGGUCCAUCGAUUCAGCCGCUUCAGUCAUGUCCCCUCCCUUUGUCCGCGACAACUACCCCUACCAUUUCAUCAGCCAAGUCUUCCCAGUCUACUUCAACCUCACCACCUUCGCCCUGCCCCCGUCGUCCACCCCUCAUUCCGUCACCAUCCCUCCUCUCGCCACCCCCGGGGUGCUCCCGCGGGGGUUUGUCAUCGCGGGGUAUAACUUUGCAAACCUGCGAUCGCUAGAGGGGUUUCAGCAGCUGGUGGAGCUGAACACAAGGGUUUAUCUGGUGGAUGGGACGAGGGGAGGGGCUUGGGAUGGUGCUCAAAAUGCGGAUGUGCUGAAUGGGGAAGGGCAGAGUGUGGAUGGACAGGCUAGUGGGUGGCUGCCUGCGCUGCUAUUCGACCAUGAGGGGGUGGUAGGUGAGGAGGAAAUUGGUGUGUGGAUGACGAAGGAGAAGGAAGGGACGAAAGUGCGACAGGCGCUGCAUUUGGGUGAUCCUGCAAGAAGCGUCUUUCUUUACUGCCAGCACAUCUCCUACUCCCCGUCGUUUGGACCGUUCGUCUGUAUAUUGGUAGCGGCGCUCUUCCUGGCCGUCUCCACCAUCCUCCUCUGGACGAGCGUCCAGCUCAUGCACGCUUUUGAGUGCGACUGUCAGCACCUGGCUGCGGCGCAGCAGGAGCUCCGUGCCGCUCGAGUGGAGGCCGAGGCGGCGAGCCGGGCCAAAGGAGACUUCCUCACCACCGUGUCGCAUGAAAUCCGCACGCCCAUGAAUGGUGUCAUUGGCAUGUUAAACCUGCUGAUGGAGACCAAUCUGGACGGCACGCAGCAGGACUACGCGGAGACGGCGUGCAGCAGCGGGCGGGCGCUGUGUGCGCUGAUCAACGACAUUCUCGACCUCUCCAAGAUCGAGGCCGAGAAGCUCUGCCUCGAGCGCAUCCCUUUGAAUCUCCAAGCCGAGCUGGAUGAUGUGUUGGGACUCUUCGUGGAGAGCGCCCAGGAGAAGCGUUGCGUGGAGCUUGCUGCGUUUGUGGCGGACGAUGUGCCGGAGACACUCCUUGGGGAUCCGCUCCGAGUGAAGCAG